GCGCAGAGCAUUCGACCUCGCACAGCGCAGUAUUUGCGACCUUUCUGAUUACGUGCAAUCGACCAGUCAGCCACUCCAACCCGCCACAAUGUCCGAGCUCGCCUUCUGCAAAACAUUCCUCGGCGCAAUCGACUCGCGCCCCAUCAAGCUCUCCUCCGACUACGUCUCGGACGCGCGCACCUACCCAGCAACCGGCGUCCCUAUCCUCCCCCGCCUGCCCACCGGACACCCGCAGCGCCCCGCCCCAAGAGCGUCCCAAGAUGCCGCCUCCUCGACAGCAAGCAUAACGCUCAAGCCCAUGAAGCCCAGCACGCCCACGCUCCCGCUCCCCGGCACCGACGCAAGCAAGACCUCCGUGUACGAUCUCAAGUCGCACUACGCAAGCGCGACCGGCAUCCCCGCCUCCAAGAUCAAGAUCCUGUACAAGAAGAAGCCCGUCGCCGACUCCAAGCUCGUGUCUGAGAUCGUCGGGGCAGAUGCAGGCACAGAUCUUGAGUUUGGUGUCAUGAUUAUGGGCGGUGCGACUGCGGUGACGCCGGCGGAGUCGCCUGCUGCGACUCCCGCGGCUGCGGCUCCGAGUGAGAGUGACAAGGGCCUGGCGGGCGCAGAUGCGGCUGCGGAUACAGCUGCGAGUGGAGGUGCGACGGUGGUGGGACCGAGUGGGAAGGACGUCGUGGCUACAGAGGCCUUCUGGGGGGACCUGAAUAACUUUAUGCUGCAGAGGAUAAAAGAUGAGAACGAGAGCGAAAGGCUGGUGGGCGUGUUCAGGAAGGCGUGGGAGAGUGACCGGUAGGUCUGCGUCACGAUAGGACUGGAUUCAUAAGAGCAAUGCGCAGCAUGCUACACCGCAUCAGGUCAGCGAGUGGAAUUAAUAGGAUCAUUCAUCUGUGAUAUCUCGCCAGUCUGUUGCUCCAGACUCAUCAAGCCUGCACACUAGAGCCGGCACGGUACACCGGCACUCGUCCACCACGCCACCUAGGACCAGCAGUCGCUAUGCCAUUUCAUCUGGACCAAAACGCAAACUCGGUUCAUUUCGUCAUAGUCAUUGCCAAAACACAAUUCACCCUAAUGCUUGCUUUUGCGUGCGCGAAAUCGACAGAACAGCAGCCACUCGCUUAUCGGCCUCUGGACACGCGAGACUUGAUGUUAUCGAACUCGAUGUCGUCGGCGUCGUUGGCCUGGAUGUCGGCGGCGAGUCCGUUGAGGGCGCGCUUGAUGGCUUCCUUGGAGGAGCUGUAC